AUGGGCAGGUCGCCCGACUCGCUGGACCUCGCGCUCAGCGCGCACUACCGCCACCACCUGGAGACCUUCCCCGAGAAGCCGGACGUCUACCUGCAGCCCGCCACGCUGCGCGUCUGGCAGCCCGCCAGGGACCGGGCGAGGCCGCCGCCCAGGUACGUGCGCCUACUGCACCCAGUCGUGCUGGGCGGCGAGGCGCGGCCGGGCAGUCCGCGCAGCCCCGGCCUGGCUAGUCCUCGCGACCACCUGGCCGGGCAGUGCCAGCCGCCUGCUAGUCCUCGCGACCACCUGGCCGGGCAGUGCCAGCCGCCUGCUAGUCCUCGCGACCACCUGGCCGGGCAGUGCCAGCCACCUGCUAGUCCUCGCGACCACCUGGCCGGGCAGUGCCAGCCGCCUGCUAGUCCUCGCGACCACCUGGCCGGGCAGUGCCAGCCGCCUGCUAGUCCUCGCGACCACCUGGCCGGGCAGUGCCAGCCACCUGCUAGUCCUCGCGACCACCUGGCCGGGUAG